AUGGAGCCACUGCCUGCAUGCUACUAUGGGAAGAUUGACAAGAAAAACCCCGUAAUAUCAGCCUUUGACGGAGAAAUAAAAGAGUUUAAAUCAUGCAUUAAACGUAUAAGGGACUCUACAAAGUAUGACCAGAACACCUAUGUGAGAGGGUCGAAGCUGCUUUUUGAAAUAUGGAACAAGUAUAAACCUCGACUCCCAACGUAUUAUUAUGACCAACACGUUUUGCAAAUAGCCGAUUUUCUCUUCUCGAACAAGCUUUACCACCUUGCACAGUGGCAAGGCUACGGACGCUACCUGUGUGAGCACGGUGACAUGAUGACCAUAGACGGUAUCAAAGAUGUUGACCAUUUCAAGUGCGCCUUAUUCCCUGAUGGCUUCAAUACCAACCAAGCUAAGCUUACUUUCCAAGCGCUCCAGGGCCAGUGUCUGUGCACAUUCUACCUGGAGAGAGCCCGAGGCAGAGAACCGAGCCUGGACUCCAUCCAGAAGCUUCUCAGCCUGCUGGGAUUCCUGCGCAUAAUGAUGCAGGCUGUGCUGCCCCAGGAGAACCUCUGCUGGCUCGUUUACAAUGCUUCCCUAUAUGUAUAUGACAUCUGCAGAUACCUUAUGUCAGUGAGCCGAUCUUCACAGGCUCUGGAGUUCCUGCUGUGGACUUGUGUGUGUCUGGAGACCUCCAUCCCACUGCUGUCCCCUCGCUUCCUGGCCUGGAGGACCACGCUCUACUGUGCCGUGUGCCAGUGCUACUACGAGGGCCAGGCAGGCGUCCACGCGGAGGUGUUUGCAAGACGUGCCUUGGGCAAGGUCAGUGAGCUGGCCAAUCUGGAGCAUCCUGAUCAUUCCACCCUCAGCAAAGAGGACCAGAAGGCCUUUAAGGAGGCCACUGUUAAGCUGGCCAUCAUGGUGUUUAAAAGGAGUGUGUACGAACCUCGGAGGAAACCCAAAAGCUCAUUCAGACCCAAAACCAAGAACUGCCUCAAGGAUGCUACAAGUAUGCCAUGGCCCCGUAACCACACAGAGCGAAUCCUGUUGGAGCUGUUCGAGGGCAACGCGGCCCAGUUCCUGGCUGUGCUGGAGGCUCUGUGGGACAGCACUCGGCGCCCCCUACAGACUGGAGGUCCAGAUGAGCCCGACACCAUGGAUGUGGCGCUGGAGCUCAUGUCUGCUGGCGUCAGCCUCCUGUCAGGAGGAACCACGAUUUCAGUGGAUGCUGCUGUGAAGUUUGUGAAGCUGCUCUUUCGCUACGAGCAGUGGGACAUGUUCAAGCACCUCACCAACAACCUCCAGACUGUGUUGGCAAACCAGGAGGGCCCCGAGAUGCGGAGGGCUGAGGUGGAGCUGACUCUCCUGACGGCCGUCGAUCUCAUGCAGGCUGCUCAGAGGCACAAACACCUGCCUAAAGAGAGCGGCAUGGACGACCCACCAGAGAGAGACAGACUGCUGGGAGCAAUGUUGAUGUCCCAGGAGCUCAUGGACCUGUUUGAGGUCCUGCAUGCCUCUGUGUGUGAAUCCUCAAAGGAUGUUGUGCCUGAUGGUGACCUGGUGUUGGACCUGGUUCUCCUUCUGUGGAACAAAUGCAAGCUGGCCUUCCAGAGAGCUCAGGCUCGGCACUCGGACCCGUCAUGCUACCUGGGCAAGAUGGACAGCCAGGACAAGUGGGUGAAGGCUCUGUUCCUGCUGAAUGACGUGGCGGAGGCGUUUAAUCUGGCGGUGAUGGACCCGGUGGUGGUGGCCGAGAUGACCCUGCGUCUGGCCCUGGUGCUGGAGAGCAGCGCUGAGAACGUGGUCAACGCUGGCAGAACCGCAGUCACCUCCGAUGGCAGCAUUUUGGGAUCUACACCUGUGGAGAAACCAAACGCCUCUGUACCACCUGCUAAGUGUCCAGCUGAACGGCAGCUUCAGUUGUUGUACGAUAUCCUGGAGAGGGGCCUGGAGGCAGUCUGUGACGGAAACACCAGACAACUCCCCUGCGAUGGUUCAUCUGUCUGUGACAUGGCCUUCAUGCAGCGGUUUGACGGCUCUGCCAGGGCCUCGGUGGCGGAGGGGGGGGAGGCUGAGGAGACGAAGAGCCCCGCGUUUACCCUCGCCUCCGACCUGCACGUGGAGCUCCUGGCCUUCCUGCACCGCGCCGCCCUCAAGCUCACCCUCCACUGCAGCAUGCCAGAGACUGUUAUUGUGGAGAAGAUUGGUAAGAGCAAGGUGUCCAGAGCACUGUAUCUGAUGCAGAAGGCCUUGCUGCAGUACAGGACCAACCAAAGAUGCACAAAGAAACUUCUGGAGGAAGCCUUGUCCCUGGUGGAGAAGGCCGAGGCGGAGGAGAGGAGGCUCUUCCUCACCUGUGCUGCAGGGAGGAAGAGGCAGGACGCGGAGGAAGGCUGCAGGGUCCCCCCACCCCCUGUGCUUCUGUCCCGCACCAACCACACCAUGAUCUUCAAACUAGCACCCUUCAGCCUGGAGAAACAGGUCUCCUGGUACCAGAUUCUGGGCCGAGAGGCUGAUGGCAUCAACUUGAAAGUCAGAUUGGGAGACUGCCACCUGCUGGGCACAGGUGUUAUGGUUCCUGCGAAGGGGGAGAGGCUGUUUCGGAUUGAGGGGCUGCAGCACAAUCAGAAGUACAUCUUUGCAGUGGCUGCUUACGAUGCUCAGGCGAAAAUGGUGGGCCAGUCGAUCGGCGAGUCCACCAAACCCAUCCUGGCCUCUGCUCCCCUAUCAAUGCUGAUGGUUUGGGCACACCUAGCACAGGUAGCCUACCAGACAGGUCAGCAGGCGCUGGUCAAGAAAACCUGCAACCAGCUGUGGGGUCACUUCACCAGACCUCCGCCUGAGAACACGUCCGCAACUCCCCAAACACCAGAGGGACUCGCCCAAACCAGGUUGUGCGUGGAGCUCCUGAAUCGCACCUCUCCUCUCCUGCACCAGUUCGUCUUCUCCUCCAUCUUCAUGCAGACGGAGAUCCACAUCCAGGAGGGGGCGCUGUUCUGUGACUCCCUCUGUGACCAGGGUCCCCUCAUCUGGGGUCAGAAAGCUAGAUUGGCAGAAUGUGAGCGGAUGCUGGUUGCUCUAGACCUGGCCAUGUGGCUGAAUGACAGUUGCUCAGCCCUGCAGGCUGUAGUGGGAUGCUAUGGGCUCCUGGCUCCCCUCAUCUACCACCAGAUACCAUCAGAGGAUGUGCUGCAGAUUGUGAUCAAGUGCUUGAUGGUGCUGCAGGAGAUAUCUGGGGUCGUGAAGAAGAAACGUAACGCUGAAACCGCAGAGUCUCUUCAGCACAUGGUGGCAUGCAUGACCUAUUAUGUGGUCAAGGGCCUGCGUCUGCAGAAGGAGACAAGGGCGGCAAACACGUUCAUUGAACAGGGGAAGAAGCUCCUGACGGAUAUCACAGACAAAUCACUGCUCAGAGACGAUAAUAGGAAGGCAGCAGGCCACCACGGUGACGAGGAGGUGAACGAAAUCCUCCGGUCUCUUGACUGCAUGAAGCUCAAGAAACAGCAGCCAUCACCUGUAACUCAAGAGACAGCCCUCCCCUGGAACAGAGGAAUGUUCCCUCAGGACCUGACAGGAUAUGAAGACUCCUCGAUCCUUUACACUGUCAUUGAAACCCAAAACAUUAAAUACGCUUUCAGAGAUGUGAUGAGGUUCAAGCGGAAGCCUGGCUUCAUGGAGUUUGUGGUCCUGGCGUUGCAGAAGGCCUUACAGGAGAACCAGCUUGAGCUGCUUCUGCAUUGGGGACAAGAAGCACUUCACUGGCUUGGCAGACGAGAUGAGGAACUGGUAAUAAAGAAGGCCCAAAUUGUGAUGCCUCCCUCAGCUGAUCACUUCACGCGCAAGUUCAGCGUGAGCGAAAAGAAAGAGAGAGAACUGUUACAGAAGAAGAAAAUGUUUGCACUAAAAGCCCAGAAAUCAGAAAGGGAGUGUAAGGUGCUGGAUGUGCUCCUGCAUCACCUGACGCUGCUGGUUAGGCGGCAGCAGCAUCGGCGACGCCUACGCCUGGUCUGCAGCGAGGAGUGGGUGUGGCGUUGCCAUGUCAACCUCAUCAUGGCGCGGGCCCACCUGAUGCUCCUGUACCGAAGCCUCAGUCAGCAGAGCAGCGCGCCUCAGCUUUGCUACAGCCAGCUGCCCUGGGCGCUGUUCUCGCUGCCCCACACCGGCUCCCUGGUGCGCUGGAGGAGUGGGCCCCAGAGCAUCCGCUCCCCUGACCUGUGUGUGGCCGCCCAGAGCAGCACCAACACCACGGGCUCCCCCAGGGCCAGCAGCCAGCGCAAGGGCAGCCAGGUGAAGGGCAGCCCUCCGAAGGGAGGCGCCACGCAGAGGAACAGGACACAGGCGGUUUCGGGGAGCGAGGACACGGGCAUGGGCGAGAGCGACCCAGACGGCGAUCCAGACAGCCUCCACAUCCACAGCGAGCACUCGGCAGCGCUGGGUCUCCUCCAUUCACGCAGCCCCAUGCUACAGCAGGAUGUGCUCAGCAAGGCCGGACAGCACCUGCGCAGGGCCAUGGUGCUGGCCCAUCGCGGCGGCCACUGGACGUCCCUGCAGCGCGCCUGUGGGCUGCUGUGGGACCAGGUGUGCACCUUCCCUCCGCUGCUGCGGGGCCGGGGUGCAGACGCCGCCCCCUCCCCGAGCCUGGGUCUGGACCAGGUGUACUCCACCUUCACCCCGCUGCUCAGCGUGGCCUGUGAGCUGCUCAUGGACAUGAUGGACAAGCUGCAGCUGUGGAAGGUGUACGCCAAGGACGAGCAGGACGCGGAGUCCAGCCUCCACUUCAGCCGCACGCUGGACGACAGCACGCGCGUGGACCUGCGCUGGCUCAAGACGCUGGUGCUGAGCACUCUGGAGCUGCUCUACUACCAGGCCAAGUGGGAGAUGCUCGCGCACCUCGCCCUCACCUACAACUUCGACACCAGGGAGCGCUACACACACAUAGUGACCCCACUGCUGGUCUACGCCCAGAGGAGGCUACUGGACAGGAUCGCUGCCUUUGGGGGUCCCCGCGCCCCCCAGCCACACCACACUCAGACGACCGAGAUCACCGGAAAUAUCAUCAGUUGCAGAAACUAUGUGGGUGCACAGAUCACGUGUGUUUGGAACGUCAAGACCCGACUCAGUGGGAGGAAAGCCUCCAUAACUACAACAGAGACCAGUCAGAUGAAGAGGGCGAUGUCUCUGGUUAGCGUGCCCCUGGAUGUGGAGGACACACUGCGCUGCUUCAGAGAAUCCCUGGAGAGAGGCCACCACACCCUGCUGUCCUUCCAGCACAGCCGCACUCUGCUCCUGCUGCUGCUCGCCUACACCCAGCCCUCUUUUGAGGUUCCUUUCUGCAAGGACACAAGCGCGCACAGCACGGGCAGGGUGGAGUUCAGCGGGAUGGUGUACACGCCCCCCUCCGCCUCACCCCCAGACCUGUCCACCGAGGACUUCAGCUCCCUGGGCUCCGUCUGCCUCCCCCCCCUGCCCCCCUCCCAGACGCCACUGGUCCUGUCGGCCCUCAACAGCAACGCCAAACCUCUCCAAACCAACAACCUAAACUCGCUCAGAGCUCAGACCCUGCAUGACCUGGGGAACCUGCACUUCUACAAGGGGAACAGGAGGGCGGCGCUCUCGUUCUGGGCCAAGGCCCUGGACUCCUCCCUGCAGGGCUCCGGGGUGCUGGAGGCGUGGGACGGCGUGUCCUGGGACGGCCUCUCCCCUCAGCAGGUCCUGAAGCAGGCCGGGAUAUGGGGCUGCCUGCAAGGAGCCACACUGGCAGCCAAGAUUGCCCAAUACAUACUGAUAUCUGAUAUCAGUCAGCGUACAAAAUGCUGCCUGCUCUCUGCUCACCUCUUCAAGUCUCUGUUGCAGGCGUCCCUUCCCCAUCCACAGGCAAACCUGCUGUACUCUUCCUACUCAGUAGAGGGCGAUCUCAUUCCAGGGCUAGACCUGUUUGGUGAUCCUGAGAGAGGUAGCCUCAGUGCCACUGUCUCUAGCCUGGGCUUUCUGUGCCAUUGGCUCUACACAGCAGGACACUACAUCACGGUCCUCCCACUGUUGUGCCUCUACCUGCAUUUUUGUAAGAUGUGCAAGGAUCCACACCUUACCGUCAGGGGAAGGAUUCUGAAGGUAAGGGCCCUGACUGAGUUGGGUAUGUUCAGUCAGGCCCUUAAGGAAGUGAGGCGGCUGGUGAAUGCUGAUAAUGUUCCACUGAAUCACAGCUUCCCGAGCCAAGGGGAGAAGACUAGAGUGAAAAUCAAGUUUUUCAACAACAAGACAGUUGCAGACCCUGCUAACCUUCAGUGUGUGGAGGAGCUUUUGACCAGCAAGGAGAGUGCCGAGGUCAGUCUUCUGUAUGGACCCCUACUGUGCCAGUGGUUGCUGCUGGCCCGAGUCCAGCUCACUCUGGCCUUGAGUGAGCGCAUCCACGACCUCCCAGAACCACUGGGACCCACCGUGGUCCAGGACAGUGAGACCACCCAGCCCAGUAAGACGCCGCACGGACAGAGCGGUCUGCUCACGGGUCCUCAGGAACUCAGCCCUGGCAGAGUAAAGGCGUUGCUUCUGCGGGAGGCGUGUGCCAUGCUGGACCCUGUGCUGAGGUCCACCAUAACUCCGCCCACUGAGCCAGAGGGCCUGGAGCUGGUGGUGGAGGCCGGCCUACUGCAGUCUCAAGUCUACUUACAGCAGGGCAAAGCGUCCACCAGUGCGGAUCAGGCGGUGUGUACUCUGAGGCUGCUGCAGGAGGCUGCUGUGCUGCAGGCCAGUGCUCACGGCUCUCCAUCUCCAGGCACCCAGUCCUCUGUGCUCCGCCUUAGAGACCCCAGACAGGGACCGAGCUCCCGUGAGUUGCCCAGAAGUCCCUCUCCACAUGUGCUGCUGGACUCGCCCAGAGCCGUGGAGGCCAGGGAGAGGAUGGGUCCAUCGCUAUGGUUACGCUGCAGACUGGCGGCAGUGAAGAGUCUGGUGGCCCACCUUCCCGACACGGCCAUCCUGCCAGGAGUGGACAGCAGUGAAGAGGCCGAGUGUGUGUUGCGGGAGGGCCUGCAGGAGGCUGAGCAGUGGGGGUGUGUGGAGACUCACGCCGCUCUCCUGCUCCUGGGAGUCAGACUCGACACACACCUCGCACGACCACGAGAGUACAGCACCGUACUGCUGCAGGAGACGGUGAGCUUGCUGUCUGGCCGCAGCUGUGUGUCUCUGGGUGGGGGUGUGACGCUGGCCAGGGCCACUCUGCUGCUCAGUGACCUCAGGGGGUCAGGAGGUCAAGCUCUGCUCCUGCUCACGCAGAGGCUGCUCCAGCAACAGCUCUCUCAGCUUGGGGAGUCAGUGGAUCUGGGGGAGGCGGGUAGAGUGGUUCUGCCCAGCGCUCCAGGGCUCCGCAACACCCACCACCCACAACUAGCCCUGCUGGCCACUACCACCUUCCGCCUGGGCCACUGCCUGCUGAGGGAGGCGUGUGUGAAGCCUGCAGAGUCGGUUGCCAGUGCUGGGCCUCCUUGCCAGAGUGCCCUGGACGUGCUGCAGUCGGCCCUGCAGCUGUGCCAGGCUCUGGGCAGCAGGCAGCACCGGCUGGAGGCAGAUAUCCUCUUCUGCAUGGGGCUUGCUGAGCGGAGCCUGUUGUCGCAGAAUGACCUGCAGGCCCAUGAUGUGGCUGAGACGUUCCUAAAGAGCAUCAACAUCUGCAUGGCCCACUGCCCCAACCUACAACACAUCCAGCGGUGUUAUUUGGAGAUGGCAGGUGUGUACCUGCACCAGUGGGAGAAGAUACGGCCUGACCCUGUGAAGAAUCCCUCUGCGCCUUCCACCCCCAAACCCAAAACACCAGAAACCCCCAAACUAUAUAGAAGAAAAAAGUCUACAACUCCCAAAUCCAAAACUCCAGAUAGUCAGAGUUCAGCUACUGCCUCUACUACCUCCACUGCUUCCACUCCCUCACAGAAGAGACAGGAACAGGAACCCAACAGGAUGCUCACUGAUGAUGAGAUCUAUCUGCUGUUCUCCUGGGUCUGUUUGAGGGCAGCCAACAAGACGCUGGAGGCUGAUGCCAGCUGUGCCCAGCUGAGUGGCACCCUGUGUGCCAGCGGAGAUGACCAGCCUGUCCUGCCCUAUGAGGACCUUCCCGACUUCAUCUCCAACGACCUCCUCAAGCCCUGCGGAGGAAUAGAUGUUAUGAACAGAGGCAGUCCCCAGGUCUUUAUCGACGCAGCAGACUCAAGCCAGAGCGCGGGAAGCCCUCUGCUCACCUGGGUGCACCUGGCCCACUACCACACCUGCCUAACUCACCUGCUCAGCCUCUCCGCCAGCCCAGUUGUAUGUGAGGUGUAUGGUGGGCUGAUGUCCCUGGCGGAAGACUCUGGUCUGUGUGGGAGGCUGUCCCAGCUGCAGGCCUUCCUCUCCUCUCACCUGCCCACAUACAGGGACACCUGCACCGGACCCCAGCCGCCCAACAGCCUGCUACUGCAGCCACAGCUGCUACAGCAGAACACAGACCCUCCUCAGUCGUGUCCAGACUCGUCCAGGUGGCCGUCUGCCGCCCAGCAGGAGCUUCUGAUCCAGUGGCACCGGCCCGCUUUGAUCCCCGCCCAUGCCACUCAGAACAAGGGGCAGAUCCUGCUGUUCUAUGGGAUGAACCAGGUGCCUCUCUCAGCUGGGAGCCCCGCAGUUAGUGCAGUGGAAAAACUGCGGGUCGGCCAGCGCUUAGUCUGCCUGGACAAGCUCCUGGCAGUGCAUGCCCAGCUGAGUGCUGCGUGUGUGGGCAUGACUGAAGGCGCUGCCCCCUCCACCUCCACAUCCACCUCCACCUCCACCACCCCCCGGAAAAAAGGGGACAAGAAGGCCGACAAGGGAGAAGCUAGCUGCCCAAGGCAACAGAUGCUGCUGGAGAAGACCAGACAGUGCUGUGCUGAGAUCAGAAGGCUGCUCUGUCCUCUGGUGAAGUCUGCACCCGCUGCUGAGGUGCCAUUUGAGGUGAGCUGGCAGACCCUCUGUGACCUGGAGCGAUGCUUCAACCCCACCCAGGGUGCCACCCUGUCUGACAAGGGUCUGGUGACAUGGCUCCUCUCCCUCCUUGGCCCCUCCGAGGAGAUCUAG